AACUUUCAAAGCAAUCUUUGGAGUGUUCUGCCAAAAAAAGUAAUUUAUGUUCAUAAGAGAGGAAAAAGUCUUACUGAGAUUUGUGUGCGUAAGAGUGUUCUGCACACACAUUUCUUAAGAGACAUAUCAAGGCACUUAACAGACUGUUUCCUUCAAAGCCACUGUGGGGCAGUCAAUGAGCCCGUUAAUGCGAGCUCCCUCCUAUAGCUUUCACUGCCCCAGGGCAAGACAAGGCAAGAGUCUCUGCCAGACGCAAGUCUUUACUAACAACAGGACCGAAAUCCUCUCUCUCUGCUGCACUGGGGAACGUCAGGAUAGCCAUGUCUAAAAGGAAGAUCUGCUGUCUUGUGCUGCUGGUCCUAGGGCUCCUGGCUAUUGCAGUUGCUGUCAUUGUAAUCCUGGGGCUGCCCGAGUGUGCUCCUGGAAGUUAUCUGCAUGCUGCUGUAGCAGCUGACACCGAAAUCUGUUCAGACAUUGGCAGGGACAUCCUACGACGUAAGGGUUCAGCUGUGGAUGCUGCUAUUGCUGCUCUGGUCUGCACUUCCGUUUUGAACCCCCAGAGUAUGGGCCUGGGAGGAGGUGUCAUCUUUACCAUCUAUAAUGCAACCACAGGAGAGGUCGUUGUGAUUAACGCUCGUGAAACAGCUCCAGAAAAUAUCAACCAAGACUUGUUAAAUCAAUGUAAUGGUUUACCUCUCCAAAUAGGGAGCCAGUGGAUUGCAGUUCCGGGGGAGCUUCAUGGAUAUGAAGAAGCCCACAGGCGCUAUGGCCGGUUGCCAUGGAAAUGGCUGUUUGAACCAACCAUCGAGCUCCUUACAAAUGGAAUCAGAAUGCCAGCAACGCUGAGCAAAUUUCUCAGUCACCCGCUGUUACAGAGCUUUUUGAAAAAGUCAUCCUUGUGCCAGCAGUUCUGUAAGAAUGGUGUGGUCCUAAAACCUGAUGCAAUCAUCUCUUGGCCAGCCCUGUUGAAAACACUGAAGAAUGUAGCAGAGAAGGGAGCCAGAGAAUUUUAUGAGGGCAAGAUAGCAGAGGAUUUGGUGAAUGACAUAAAGAAUGAAAACGGCAGUCUGACGCUGAGGGACCUCAAGAAUUUCCAGGCAAAAGUGAUGACACCUCUGAAUAUUUCUCUGGGUGGAUACACAAUGUAUUCCCCUCCACCACCUGCUGGGGGUGCUGUUCUUCUCUUCAUCCUCAACAUACUGAAAGAGUUUAAAUUCACGCCAGAGUCCCUGGAGUCGACCAGUGGGAAGAUUGAGACCUACCAUCGGAUUGCAGAGGCCCUGAAGUUUGGCAAUGGGCAAAAGCCAAAACUGGAUGACCCGCAGUUCUCUGGCAUAGAGGAGGUGACUAUUCAGGAACUGUUGUCCAACUCUUUUGCUGAACUUGCCAGGAACCGUAUAGAUGACAGAGGUGACCAUCCAAACAGUUUUUACAAUCUGUCACAGACAAGCAACAUAGGCUACGGCACCGCCCACAUCUCCGUCCUCGCUGAAGAUGGCAAUGCUGUGUCUGUCACCAGCACUAUCAACCAGCCGUUUGGCUCAAUGGUAUAUUCCCCAAGCACUGGGAUCAUUUUAAAUAACGAGCUCGCUGACUUCUGCAAGAAGCCAAGAAACAAGAUCACUAGCGGAGAAAUACCUCCCUCUGCCAUGGUGCCUUCCAUUCUCAUCUCCAAAGAUGAUAACUCCAAGCUGGUGAUUGGAGGCUCAGGAGGGGACCUGAUUAUCAGUGCCACUGCCUUGGCAAUCAUGAACAAACUCUGGUUUGGCUAUGACCUGAAGCAUGCCAUCUCACUGCCAGUUCUCCAUGCUUCCACGGACAACUCCAUCCAGUUCGAGUCAGGCUUUGAAGAGGCUGUUAAGAAGGGACUGCUGCGCAGAGGACACCAUGAACAGAACCGCACCACGUUCCUGAAUGUUGUCCAGGGGAUUUCAAAGGAAGGAAGAUGCAUCUUUGCUUAUUCUGAUAAAAGGAAGCGGGGGGAGUCAUCUGGGUAUUAAGAACAAGUGCUGUAGCAAACAUUUUAUUCUAGCCAAAAAGACUAUGAAAUAACUGGGUCCAGAGCACCAGCUAUCCUGGAAGCACCCCUGACAUCUCCUGUACCAGUCGGACUUCUUGAAGCCACCUAGCAGAGAGUGUGGGUGAGACUCAUAGUAACAACUGACUCUCCAAUAUAUGACAAGCUACCUUCAAGCUGUUACAGGUACUAGUCAGCCAGUCUUGGCUAGAAUCAUACCCUCCAUUUAUUAUAUCUGCCAGCUGGGUCCAGAGGACAAAGGACCAGCACUUGUGUGAUAUAUAGAAAUAUAUUUUGUGAACAAAGCAGCUAUUUAGAAUAUGAAGCCAGAAAUCAGGAAUUAACCAAGCAGUGGGAAUUUGGAAAGCCCAGUGCCAGUGGGAGCUGCCCUCAGGAACCUGAAUCUAUCUUCCCUAGAGUCUGAAGAUCCUCAGAUAGGAGUGGGAGUGGUUUCUUUCUGGCUUUGGAAAACCCCUGACGUGUGAAUGUGCUUUCUGGCCACACCAUUCAUGGGAAAUAGGCAGCGAUGACAGACUUCUUUCUUUGCUCAGGUGUGUUUCAGCACCAACGAGUUGCACAGCAGAGCUGCAAGAUACAGCUUUGCAUGGACACACAAUAAGGGAAUGAGUCUAACAACAUUUUGUCUAGCUUUUGCCUGUCCCAGGGGUAUCAUUUGAAAUUAGUAUUAGCACAAAACUGGUCUAUGUACUACAGCGUCUGUUGCGGCAGUCAGCUACUAUAGGAACGAGGGCCACCUCUGUAGCAGCACUGAAGGUUUCUUAGGCCCUACCUCAGAGGGAGUCGCUAUAAAUGAGCUGUGCAAAGCGUGACUGUGCAUAAGUGUGGAUAAUGUGAAUUCUCUUCUCCUUUGGAAGGAACUGAUGAUAUAUUAUAAUCUUCCAGUCUUACACCUCUCCCCUGGGGGCAGGGAAACCUAAGCCUUCGCCAAAUUUCCUCGCUCAUCCUUAUCUAGACAUGUUCCAAGGGAAGCUGAAGACAGGCCCCUGGAUGAGUUGAAGUGAGGACGCACAAAAGAAGGAAAUGAAUAUUUCUUCAAAACAGGAGUGAAAUGGGUUCUGGGAGGACCCUUUAAAAUAAGGGUGCAGGUAAGAGUAGUGUAGUCAGGAUUUCUAUUACAUCUUCACAAAUACGCAAUGAGCCUUUCCUAACUGGAGCUGUUACAGCGCCCACCAACGCACUGAGACACGACACAGAGAAGUGCUGUGCGUUCUGUGACUAGUUUACGCCUGUGUCCACAGGAAGAAUUGUGCUCCACAAAAACGAGUUGCCCCUGAUUAACUACCGCAAGUGACCUACGUUUUUCAGAGAAUUCGAGGAGAGGAGUGUAGGAACAUGCCAAAGAACAGUCAUAGCUAAUAUGCCUGUAGCAGGGGAACAGACUAGUGCUUGUUAAAUCACAGACGCGAGCAGCCUAGGGUGUUAUCUAUGCCUCAUCCUUGCCAUAAGUAUGACUGGGUAUGCAGUCACAUUGUUUAUAUUUGUACACUGAUAUUUUUAAAGGGCUUUAGAAAAAUUCAUAGGACCAAAGACUCAGCAUGCCUCUAUAAAUUCACCUGCAGUCACUUAUGUGUACGGGAACCUUUGUUUGCAUACAGGAAUUUGUGAUUAUUAUACGCUUUUAAAGCCUUGCGUAUAACAGAUUUAUAUUGGCUUUUUGUGCAUUAAUAGAUCCCUGUUCUGUUAAUCCAUCUUAUGCAGAAAAGCAAACAGUUACAUUCAUGUCAGACCUUACGCUAGGUCUACACUACCCACCUGAAUCGGCGGGUAGAAAUCAACCUCUCGGGGAUCGAUUUAUCGCGUCCCAACGGGACGCGACAGUCGAUCCCCAAAUCGACACUCUUACUCCACCAGCGGAGGUGGGAGUAAGCGCCGCCGACAGGAAGCCGCAGAAGUCGAUUUUGCCGCCGUCCUCACAGCGGGGUAAGUCGGCUGCGAUACGUCGAAUUCAGCUACGCUAUUCACGUAGCUGAAUUUGCGUAUCUUAAAUAGACUCCCCCCGUAGUGUAGAUGUACCCUUAGUCUUUUUACUCCAGUCUCAUUAUCCCUCCACCACUUUUUUUAAACUCGUGCUUAAAAUGUCUCCGCAAACCCUUCUGACUGUUAUCUUUUGGUCACAAAUGGCUGUGUACAUGCCUUUUAAAAAAAUCCUGUAUCUCAUGAAACCAGAUUGCUGGAUGCCUGCCUUUUCUACCCAUAAGCUCCUAUCAUGUAAAUAAAAUGCUAGCCACUUAGAACUCUAUUAACUUGGAGAAACAAAAGUCAGCCUUUAGGUGCAUUUCAAUGCUGUUGAAAAUGAAACUUGCUACAAAGAGAGCGCUGCUUUCCUCCAGGAAUUGUACACCAAGAAACUAUCUUUAUUGCAUCAACCUCCAUGAGAAGCUACUGCUGCAUCAUAGUGGUGUCUCAUACAGAAAUACGAUUUCACUAGAACCACCACAGCAUCUUGAUGUUUUGUCUGGAAAACAAAUUUCUUGGUCUUACUCAUCGAUUAGUACGUAAAGCAUGUGUUUUCCUGAAGCAGGGCUUGCGGUUUAAAGUGCUUGCCUGAACAAGUAGUAAAUGUGAGUGUGGCAGAACGGCAGAGGAUAAAAGAAUGUUGCUGCUUGGCUAGCACUCAUUCUGUAGUAUGUAGAAUGAGAGGGGCCCUGCUUUUUCUUUAAGUUCACCUACAUACUUGUUACAGUCUGGUGCUUGCAGUAGCUGUUGUGAUGGAGUAGUCUUAUGACCUGAGCUGCAGGUAGACUGACAUCUCAAUGGUAGCACUGAUUACUACAAUUAGUUGCCACUCAAGAAUUGUGGGGUAAUUACAUAGGCCCAAAACAGUCAGUUCAAAAAUGGACUGAACUCUUCAAGAGCAGGCCCCCUGACUGUACGCUAGCAGAACAAUCACGUAGAACCAUAAAACACUAGGCAGAUAAACUGAACAGAAGUAGCGCUAGAGCUGUCCUUACUUUUGGCUGGGUGAAUGUUGCUUAGUGUGUAUAAAAAUGAGGAACUGGCUGGAUGUAGGCAGGAGCUAUUUUUGCUACCAUAUUACACCUCAACCCUGACCUCAGCAUAAAUCAGGUCUAGCCCUGGGCUUCUCCAAUGGUUGCCUCCCCCAUGCUAAUUGCAGCCAAGGGCAGAGGCCAGUUUAUCUGUCCACUGCCACCUUCCCUGGACUUUACGUGACACUGUGAGCAGAGGCUAUGUUUCUAUUUUCCAAUGGAAAUUUGUUUUACAAAGUUAUAUUUUUAAUAAACUACUUUUACAAAUGG